AUGAAGGGCUUUUUCUCGACCUUCCUCCUCGUCGCGUCCUUCUUGGCUGCUACGGUACAGGCCGCCCCUGCUCCCAUCGACAAGCGAGCAGUUGCAGCUCUUCCUCCGAGGACAGGUCGCUGCCGUGUCCACGGUGGUGGACACGGUGAUCAGACGCCGUCGCUCCUCGCCGCUUUCAAAGAAUGCCAAAAGGACUCCGUCGUGAGUCUGCCGUGCGAGGCUCGUCAUGAUCAUGCGGCGCGUCUUGGGGUGCAGUGCUGAUGUUCCAAUGUCACCGCAAACUCCCUUCACGCAACUAGAUUCUUCUGGAUGGCUAUUUCCAGAUCAAGACCCUGCUCGUGACCCCUCACCUGUCCAACGUCGAGAUCCGCCUGGCCGGUGCCUGUGAGUCACGUGCCCCCACAUCACGUCCUUGCCGACCAAAAAUGGGUACAAGCUAAUUGCUGACAUGGCGCGGCGCUUGGCUUGGAUUUACUUCCUUCUAGUCAACUACAGCGACGACUUCUCCUACUGGUCGACCCCUACCUUCAACACCGCUGGCCCCGGUUCUUACAACUUGGUCUACCAGAACGCGACGACCUUCUUCUUGGUGAGUAGCAAUGGAAGUGGAUUGGACCUCCAGCACUUCGAUUCUGACUCGACAGCCUUUGUUUGGUUCUCGAAACAGCUCUCCGGUGACAAUGUUUGGUUCCACGGUGACAACGUCGCGUACCCCAACUCCGGUUUCUUGGGCAACGGCCAGGUCAGUGCAAUGCAGUGCAGCCGCGUAGCACUGUGACGAAGAACCCAUGACUGAAAUUCGUUUAGCCUGUCCGUGCGUGAAUUGCGCGCAGCGUUGGUGGAAUCAAUUCGCCAUCGACAAGGCCGCCGGAAACACCACUGUGGGACCUUUGUUUGCUCGACCGAUCAUGCUUGCGAUCGGUAACUCGACCAAUAUGAUCGUCGAGAAUCUCAGUCUCCUGCAGGGACUGUUCUGGAACAUCUUCUUGGGCGACUCGCACAACGUCACGAUCCAGAACAUCAAGAUCAACGCCGUGUCCGCGUCCAAAUACUUCAUCUACAACACCGAUGGUAUCGAUGUGUACCGAUCGUCGAGCGUCAAGCUCGUCAACUGGAACGUGAACAAUGGUGACGAUUGCGUGUCACUCAAGCCCAACUCGACCGAGGUCGAGAUCGGCAACAUGGUUUGCAACGGCUCGCACGGUAUCUCGGUUGGAUCGCUCGGACAAUACAGGGGCCAAACUGACAUCGUCCAGAACGUCAACAUCCACAAUAUCUCCAUGUCCAAUGCCCAGGCUGGUGCCCGCAUCAAGGUGAGUUGCUUGUGGUCGUGGGAUCCGGGCCGAGAGGCGUGGGCUGGGCGCGCGAGACCAACUUGGCGAUUUUUUCUUUCUUUCAUUCUCUGUGUAACAGGUCUGGCCCAACAGCCCUUUCGCUGACCCCGCCAGUGGUGGAGGUCUUGGCUUCGUCAAGAACAUCACCUUCAAGAACUUUGUCAACAACAAUGUUGACGCUCCCCUAAUCAUCACGAGUUGCUACAACUACCAGCAGCCGUUCUGCGAGGCGACCCUUCGUUGAUGACCAUCUCCGACGUCACCUACAUCAAUGUCACUGGUACCGCCAGUGGAAAGCAAAAGAACGUUGUCGGUGUCCUCGACUGCUCCAACUUCUGCACGUCCAUCAGUGCGACCGGCACCAACUUGACCUUGCCCCUACCCAAGUUCGCCGGUGUCACGCCCGUCUACAACUGCACCCACAUCCGCGACGAGACUCCUGUGAGUGUGACACGACCUCAAAUGCUCUGCUUCGUACUUCCACUCUAACAAGAAGCUUAUACUACCUUACCCCUCUUCCCAGCUUGACUUCAAGUGCACGGACGUCUAA